GGCCGUACACGGCGUCGCGUUUCUCAUUCAUAGUUCGCGCCGUGACGCAGAAAGUUCCGAAAGUGCGCGCGCCGGACGAAGUGCGGCAGAGCGCAAAUGUAAGGGUACCGUUUUCCGUUUCGCGCGUUCGUUCGGUUUCGCGAAUUCGGUCUUCUCGCCGACCGGCAAAACAGUUCUCCCACGACGGCAACACCGGACGACGCACGUGUACGUUUACGCGCACCGAAACGAUCGUUGUUAUCACGAUGUCGUCCACGUUAUCGUCCGGCCGUCCGCGGCGUUGUGCGCGCCGUUUCCGUGACUCCAUUCGCCGUUAACUCGGACGCGGUUCGCGAUCGGACUGCGCGGGAAUUUCUGGUCUCGAAACGAUCGUAAACGAAUAACCCGUCGUCACCCCGCACCGGACAACAAAGAAAUAUUGUUGUGACAUAAUCGCGAGUUGUGUUCGUAAAUGCGUCGAUCGGACAACAUCAGCAGCAGCAGCAGCAGCAGCAGCGACGACGACGACUCGCGGAGCGCAGCAGCUACGUACGUACUGCACAUCGAGACGAAUGGACGCGGUCCGAACGGACUAGACGACAAUAUCCGAAAUCGGUGUCGGCGGCGGCGGCGGUUAUUUCGACAUUGAGCGGAUGAAGUUACCCCCAUGAUGCCCGUUAUGCUGAUCCAGCACCACUUGGCCGCUGACGUAUUCGAGUGCUUUACCGUUCGGAUGACGGUAUCCCGUUCACCGGCACACCGGGCAAUGCGCUACUACCGUAUCUGGAUAUACACGUGCAACACCGUGCUGAUGGUGUGCGUGGUGUGCUUCGUGGUGAUCGCCUACCAGCUGGUGGUGGCCGACCAGCGACGACACCUGGUGCCCGGACUGGACCUGUGCCAUCCCAGCCUGCUGUACGUGUACGCCGCGCUGUUCGUCCAGUGCACCGUGCUGCAGAUCGUCGGCUUCCUGGGCGCGCGGUCGCUUAGUGAGCGGCUGCUGAACGUCUACUGGCUGCUGCUGCUCGGGCUGCUGGUCGGUGACGCCGUGCUGGGCGUGUACUGGCUGUAUAGGUACGACAAAAUGGUGGCCAGGCUCAAGCCGGCGCUCCGGGACCGGUUGGCCAAGGACUACGGCCGUGACCGGCGGUUCGCCGCCGUCUGGGACGACCUGCAGCGCGAUCACGAGUGUUGCGGCGUCAACGGGCCCCAGGACUUCUUCAACGUGACCGUGCAAGUCGGCGGCACCGGCGCUGAACGAUUGGUCGACUACACGACCGUGCUGCCGGACAGCUGCUGCUACCACAAACCGGAGGCGGUCGCGUCGCCUUUCCGGAGGGACUACUGGCAGCCGCCGACAACGACCACGGCCGUAUGGACGACGGUCCAGGUGGAAGAGCACGACAACAUGGAAGAGAUGCCCAUCAAGUGCCGGCUCGGUCUUUACCGAUAUUACUAUACCGGCUGCGAACGGGCAUUGAUGGCGUGGAUACGCAGGAGUGCGGACGUCCUGUUCGUCCUCGGUUACUGCGUGAUAUCAUUUUUGAAACUGUGUUUCCUGGGUAUCCUGAGGUAUGAAAUUCGAGAAAUGAUUCAAAAAAUUAAAAUACUUCAUGGAGAUACAGCUAGACUAGAAUUAGUCAAUGUACCCCAAUCUACAGGGAAGUUGUUACAAAAAGUUGAACAUAAUGGUAGUGUAGUACGUGUAUCUACUCCUAUGAGACAAGACUCUCAGCAAGAAGGAAGUUCAGAUGCAGUGAAACCUCUAUUAAAAGGUCGUUCAGUAGAAGCGACAUUCAGGGUAAAGUCCUCAAAUACGGACGGUAAUGAAUCAGACACGAAUAGCCACAGUGCGUUGUUACUUUGUGAUGACAAACGUUUGACAGGCUCGUCUAGUAAGAGUAAUUAUGAACUUCACGAGUUAAAAGAUGUAAAUCGGUUACUAACUACCAGACACAAGAAUCAAAUAUGACUACGAAGAUGCGUGACAGCUUGGUUCAAAGUAAUUGACAGCAACCCAAAAUGUCCAUUGCUAACGACACCAAAACAACAAUAUAAGAGUUAUAAGAGUUAUAAGAAAAA